AUGCAAGGACGAAGAGAGAUCAAGAAAGUAAUAAAACAUUGCGUGAGAUGUUUUCACCUCAAACCGGAAAGCAGAGACAUACUAAUGGGCGAUUUACCGAAAGAAAGAGUUUGCGGAAAUAUCCGAGCAUUCGUCAACACGGGAACCGACUACGCUGGACCUUUUUCGAUUCGAGAAGGACGCCGAAGAGGUCGACCCAUUACUAGGAAGGCGUGGAUAGUCAUCUUCAUAUGCUGUGCGACCAAAGCUGUACACCUAGAGCUCGUGUCAGAGCUCACAACGGAAGCAUUUUUAACGGCCUUACGGCGUUUCGUCGCGAGAAGAGGGAUUUGCAAACAAAUUCUAUCAGAUAAUGGAACAAAUUACAUGGGAGCGGAAAGACAUCUUAGGGAAGUAUAUGAGUUUCUUCAAAAAGAACGAGACACCAUUACCCAACAUCUAGCCAGCCAACGCAUUCAAUGGCAGUUCAUGCCACCGAAAUCCCCCAAUUUCGGAGGGCUAUGGGAAGCAGCAGUGAAGGUGGUCAAGAAGCAUUUCUAUAGGGUAACUCAGAAUCAAAUCUUAACUUUCGAGGAAUUUUACUCGAUUUUGACCGAAAUCGAAGCCAUCAUGAAUUCUCGACCUUUAUGCCCGAUGUCAGAAGAUCCUCAAGACUUGACCGUUUUAACGCCAGCACAUUUCUUGAUCGGAGAUUCAUUGAUUUUACCAGCGGAAGAAGAUUUUUCAGGUACACCCGAGAACCGUCUUUCCAGGUUGUAA